GGCUGCGCCGUCGUCGUCGUCUCCUUCAGUGUUUUCUCGGAGCGCGUUCGCAGGGAAACAUACAAUACGUCGCGAGGGAGAAAUAACUGAUUCAUCCAAACACACAACUGACAGUUGUUCGGCUGCUAAGGCCAUAGCAGUAGCAGAACGCAACACUCGUUCGGUCCGACAAUUGUACACAUAUAUAUAUAUAACGCGUAUUUAUUGUACACAGAAGACCCGUACAAGUGAGAAAGAGAGCAAGUUCUGUCAAAAUGGCGCUCAAGGCACAAGUUGGUCAGAAGAUCAUGAACGAAGUGAUAAAGCAGAAGAAAAAGCAAGCGGGCGGCAUGGAGUGGCGAAUCCUGGUGGUCGAUCAGUUGGCCAUGCGCAUGGUCUCGGCCUGCUGUAAGAUGCACGACAUCAGCGCCCAGGGCAUCACCCUCGUCGAGGACAUAAACAAAAAGCGCGAGCCCCUGCCGACCAUGGAAGCCGUCUACCUCAUCACCCCGACUAAUCUGUCCGUCAACAAGCUCAUCGACGAUUUCAGUAAUCCCACCAGGACCAUGUACAAGGCUGCUCACGUUUACUUUACCGAAGUGUGUCCCGAGGAGUUGUUCAAUGAUAUCUGCAAGUCGCUUGCUGCGAAAAAAGUUAAGACCCUCAAAGAGAUCAACAUCGCUUUCUUGCCCUAUGAAUCGCAGGUAUUUUCGCUGGACUCGCGAGACACGUUCGCUUGCGCCUACAACCCUUCGCUCAUCGGAGCUGCGAGGAACGGAAACAUGGAAAGAAUCGCCGAGCAGAUCGCGACCCUCUGCGCCACCCUCGGCGAGUACCCAUCAGUCAGAUACCGAUCUGAUUUCGAUCGCAACAUGGAUCUCGCCCAGAUGGUUCAGCAAAAGUUGGACGCGUACAAGGCCGACGAGCCGACGAUGGGCGAGGGCCCGGAAAAGGCCCGUUCCCAGCUGCUGAUCCUCGAUCGCGGCUUCGACUGUGUCUCUCCGCUCUUGCACGAGCUCACUCUCCAGGCCAUGGCCUACGAUUUGCUCGAGAUCGAGAACGACGUGUACAAAUACGAGGCAUCCGCGGGACAGGAGAAGGAAGUCCUGCUGGACGAGAACGACGACCUGUGGGUGGAGCUGAGGCACCAGCACAUCGCCGUCGUGUCGCAGAACGUGACGAAGAAUCUCAAAAAAUUCACCGAAUCCAAGCGCAUGCCGCAAGGUGACAAACAGUCGAUGCGAGAUCUCUCGCAGAUGAUCAAGAAGAUGCCUCAGUACCAAAAAGAGCUGAGCAAGUACGCCACCCACCUCCAUCUCGCUGAGGAUUGCAUGAAGCACUACGCGGGCAACGUCGACAAGCUCUGCAAAGUUGAACAGGACUUGGCGAUGGGUACGGAUGCCGAGGGCGAGCGAAUCAAGGACCACAUGCGCAACAUCACGCCGAUCUUGCUCGACCAGAACGUCAACAACAACGACAAGUUGCGCAUAAUCGCCCUCUACGUGCUCAGCAAGAACGGCAUCACCGAUGACAACGUCAACCGGCUCAUUAACCACGCUCAGAUGUCGCCCGAGGACAAACAGACUGUCGUCAACAUGGCCAACCUCGGGGUCAACGUCGUUGUCGACGGCAAUCGUAAGAAGGUCUACACCAUACCGAGGAAGGAGCGGAUAACCGAGCAGACCUACCAGAUGAGUCGCUGGACGCCUGUCGUCAAGGAUAUCAUGGAGGACGCGAUCGACGACAAGCUCGACGCCAAGCACUUCCCGUUCUUGGGUGGACGGACCGCGAGUUCCGGCUAUCACGCACCGACGAGCGCACGCUAUGGUCAUUGGCACAAAGAAAAAGGUCAGCAGACGAUUAAGAACGUGCCGCGUCUGAUAGUAUUCAUCGUUGGUGGCUGCUGUUUCUCGGAAGUCCGAUGCGCCUACGAAGUCACGAAUAACGCUAAGAACUGGGAGGUCAUUAUUGGUUCUUCACACCUAAUUACGCCAAAAUCGUUCCUCGAGGACAUGUCGAAGCUUCACAUGAAUUUCUCAUAAGCUUUUGAACUGUUUUCAUAAAAAAAAAAAAAACAUAUUAGACGAUUACUUUGUAAAAUCGUGAAAACCUUUGUUUAGGAAAUCAUAGACCGGCCAAAGGUAAAUUUUUUGUCGAACUCGAACGAACAAAUAGAAAACAGAAUUCACUUCGCUCUACAAUCCUAGCCUCGACUGUUGGCUUCUAUUUUUUAACAAGUGGUUCGGCAAAAAUUUUUAUACCCCCACUAAGAUUCAUCGCAGUCUAUAUUAUGUUAUUACUUUCCAAAGAAAAAAUUUAUGAAACAUUCCCCUUAUUUUAAUAUUAAUAAGCUUAUUUGCAUAAAUGUUGAGCCAUGAAUCCUGUCAUUUGAAGAAAAAAAAAAAAAAAAAAAAAAAAAUCAUCGCUAUGAUGCAUCGGUGACAACUAUCAGCCAAAAUAUUUAAAAAAUGAAUGAAAAAAAAAAAAAAUGAAUUUUAGUCGAUAUACACUAGGUAGCGUAACUAUGCACUUCAGUCAAUUUACGUAUUAGCAAUUGAUAAACGUUUUUGCUAUUCACGGGGAGAGAACAAUAAUGAGAAAAAGUAGGUGAAAAUAAAAUUAAAGUCGAAAAACAAAUCCCAUAUUCAGCGGCUUAAUUGAUGUAGUACGAGUAAUCGCGUAAUCGAAAAGAACUGAUGAGAGGAUUAGCCGGUAAAAAAAAGUGCCUGUGCGAUAAGGAUCUUGAGGCAAAAAUCUGAAGAUCCUGCGACACGUUGGCAAUAUCAUUGAAGGACCCAAGGAAUCCAGGUUUAGAUAUUCUCUGGGCCUGGGAAAAAAAUUUAAAACAAAUUAUUCAUACCUAACCAUAAUAUAUUCUCUAUCUUCGUGAUUGUAGUACCUUAAUUAAGAGUUUAAGAAUUUUUCGAUCUUGUACCCCUUUUAAGAUAAAUCUCAUGUGGCUACGUGUAACUCUGAAACGAUCAUAUCUAUUGCACAAUUUUACGAGAGAAAGAAAAAUUCAACUCGUAUUAUACAUACAUAUAGUUGACUAAACAAAUUUUUUUCCCAGGAUUUUGAUAUUAUUAAGAAAAGAUUGAACUGCAGAUUGUAUCAGUGGUUGAAUUUUGUUCACAAGGAACGCUUGAAUUUAUUGUUUUAGAGUUUAUCUAUAAACGUAAGUUUUAUUGAAUUAAUAUAUAAAUGUUUGCGUCAUUCUAAAGAAAAUAGAGAACAAUGCAUUCAAAUAAUUUAAAACAAAUUUAAAUUUAUACAUUGUAUAUUUAAAUAUGAAUUUAAACUCUGUUGUUGUUAAAAAAAUUUUAAAUAAAAUUAAAUGUAUUAUCAAGUUUGGUUAAAUUUCAAGUGAGCAAACGCAAGCAAUGUUUAUCGAUACCGUGAAACUCGAUGGCGCGGUAAUAUAUCAACUUUAAAAAAUAAAGUAAUAAAAGCAAACAAGUGAGAAAAAAAAUGUAUUGUUAAGUAAUUCUUAGUAGCAUAGAACAGAACUGUGGUCACAAUAAAGAUGUAAAUUAUUUAUUAUACCUGCAUUAACUGCACCUAAAAACUCUGCAAAAAACUUUCUUCUUAGCUUCUGAUAACAAAGUUUUUACGGAGUUAAUAAAGUUGCAUCCUACAGUAGCUUAUGCGAUUAAGUUUUACGUGAAAUGUGCGCCUGUACAUUGCCUUUUAUUAUCCUUAAUCUUAAGCCUCACUGUUUUUUCUAGUUCAAAAAUUUCGUCCUUUUGCUUAGUCGUUAUCAUUAACUUCAAAGUUGAAAAUUCUAAUGGUAACGGAAUAGUAUUAAAUUACUUGUAAACAUUAAGGAACUCUCAUUCAUGCAUUUUUAAAAAGACUUUUUCUGUAAUUUUUAAUUGAAAAAA